AUGGUAAGUUUCUCCAGUCUUGGAGGCUCUUCCCGGCUGGCCAAGGAAAGGGCCGAGGCUUUCCUCCGUAAAAACCCGAAACUCCCUUACACGGCGGCGACAUCGGUAGCUCAGGUGCUCGGUUUUCCUUACAAUAUCAUCCCGGAGCUCCCCGCCGUCCUCCGCAAGCUUUGGAGCUUGCCGGACUGGCGUGAUGUUGCCGUGUCUCUUGCCCGGAGCGGGAAGAUUGUUGUCUAUGCUGUUAUGUACCUGCUUUUUCACACAGUCUGUUCCUUGAUACUGAAGAAGAAGCAGGUGACCAAGCGGGCGGCGGCGGAGAUCUUCACGCGCAGCCUGAUCACUCUGGGUCCGAAGGAGACGGCGUCGGCCCACUCGUGGACAUUCUGGGUCGGUAGGUCGGCCACUCCCGGCUCAAUUUGCCCGGUCUACACCUUCACUACCGUGGAGGGCUUCUGGAGUUUCUACAACAACAUGUGCCAGCCUAGCCAGUUGACUCCUGGUUUUGAUUUUUAUUUCUUCAAAGAUAAUAUAGAGCCCAAGUGGGAAGGGGAGGAAUCUGUUCAUGCUGAGGGAGGGAAAUGGACUCUAAGUUUCUCCAGAGGGGAAUCUAACUUUCCCUGGCAACAGACGUUGCAAGCACUGGUCAAUGAACAGUUUCGUCAUCGGCAUGAUGUAUGUGGAGCGGUUGUCAAUGUUAGAGAUGAGCAAGAAAAAAUCUCUCUUUGGACCAAGAAUGCAGCAAAUGAGAAUGCUCAGCUGAGCAUUGGCAAACAAUGGAAUAUGGGCUCAUUUAGAGCUUCUUCAUUGUUAAGAUCUGCAAUGGUAUUCUUGGCGGUCAAGCUGACGGCUUCUUUUGGACUGGUGACUGCUGCAAUGCCCCCUCCUCCUCCGUCAUCUUUCGACAGCUAUUGUGGAGGUUCCUGCCGCCUUUGGUCCUCUAGUUGGCUCCAAGCGUGCAACGUAGAUAGAUGUUACCACUUUGGUGAAGAGGCAGAGGUCGGUAGUGGGACGGGUGGCGUCGAAGUCAGACCUAGUGCUGCCUUUUUCGGCAAAGCUGAGCUUGCCACAUCAAGAUGGGCUUCUAGCCAUUCCCCAUGCAAAAAGCAGAAGCUGGGCCGCCCAAAGGGCUUGACAAACAAUCCCAGGGUUGAGAGUGUCAGUGAAAACUGA